CCAAAUAUCUAAACUUUCACAAUUAAAAAGAAGAAACUGUUAUAUAGAAUCCGUUCGUUUCGUGAAGAUGCGUUGACCUGGAAAGCAGUUUUUCAGUUAGUACUCUCUUUUAAAAAUACACUGUCACUUCCUGUCUCAUUUCCGGUUUCCGUGUUUUGUUUCCCGUUUUAUUUUAAGAUGUUUUCUAAGUUCUUUGCGAGAAAAAUCUGUGUUUUAAGUCCACAUUUCAACACAUGAUUUAUUGACACCUGAUAUUGACAAACAGACAUGGCGGAGGCCAGGAGUGAUGACGUAACUACUACUAUGCCACAAGCAGGAAAAGUCCAGGAAGUGUGUCGGAAGUGGCUAGUUCAUGAGGAUGGGGCUUUGGCACAUGAGUUGCAGAAUAAUGAAAUUGAUUUUCAUUAUGGCCUGAACCGGAAGAACCGACGGACGGUGAGAGAAGACAUUCCGGUUGCCAAGCUGGUUCAGAGUGAGGAGGAGGCCCGACUGCAGAGAGAACGCAUGAUGGAGCUGCAAGCUCUACAGGCACAGGCUGAAGAAGAUGCCAAAGUUGCCCAUCAGAUUCAGAAUGAAGUUGCCACAGAGGACGUUGCCAGACAGAUGGCUGACGAGGAAAUAGCGCGCCUACUGCAGGAGAAGGAGAAGAAGAAGUAUGAGCGGUACUUGGAGAAGAAGAAGGAGAGACAGCUACAGAAACAGAGAGAGAAACUCGAGAAGGAGCUUGCCCAGCACUCAGAGGAUGCGCGACUCGUCAUGUCGGGGGAGACAGGCACCGUUGCCCAGGUGACAUCGAGCGUGGAUAGUUUGAGUUUGGAGCCUGGUGCGGCACAGAACGGUCUGACGAGGUAUACCUGCAGAGUGACACCUGCGGGCCAUAUUGAAGAUGACGGUGAUUUCAGCGACUUUUAUACAGUGCCUCCCGAUGCAAAUGAACAUCAGAAAAAAGCUAUCCAAGAAGUGCAAGAUGGGGAACUUGCAAAACUCUUACAAGAACAAGAACAUAAGCGAUCUAAAGCGGAGGUUGACCGUGACAAGCUGCGUCAGAUCGAGGCACAGGAUGAGCAGCUGGCUCGGGUCAUCCAGGAACAGGAGAAACUCAAACUGAGGAAAGCCAAGCAGAAACGCCAGCAGCUCCGAGAACAGCAGAGACUGCACCAAGAGGCCGGGCUUAAACCAUCUCAGACUCUUGACAACGACCGUGCCUUGAUCCCUUCCCCAGACCCUCCGGCUGGUGUGCCUGACGGGCACCUCUACCGCCGUAACAGCUACACCAGAUCCAUAUCAAACAGCACCCGGCCCGUCCAAGCGGAACCGCCUCCCCGACAGUCCUCCGUAUCCCGGCAACAGUCCGAGCCUGUACAGGCGGCCCCUCCAGCUCUUCCAGCCCGCGACCCUCCGUCGUACCAGGACUACAAGCAGAGGCAGAUGAUCCAGGCGUCACGGCGAGAGCACGCGAGCAACGGUGGCCUUCCGACCAAUGAAGUUAACAAUGUGGAGCGUUGGCUGGCCGAGUCACCGUCACCUCCGUUGCACUCACUUUCAGCGACGUCAUCUCCAUCGCACGGUCAUGUCCCACCACCGUAUGGGCGAGCUGUGUUGGAUCAGAACAGGAGGGGAAGGGGAGGGGUGUCCGAGGAGGGUAUGCCUCCUUCGCCGUCACCGCCAGGCAGUUACCAUAGUAACGAAAAUCUUAGUGGAUCAUUCAGUCCUGAAGUUUCAAGUCGUAGCAGUCAUUCGGCCAGUAAUCCUGGGUUUAACAUCGCCGCGGCGAUAGAUCCCACAUACCGACGGCGCCAACACGAGAUUGAACAAACCGACCAGACAGAAGUCAAACACCAGAUACCUUUUUCCAGAUCACUUCCAAGCGCUGACGACACCGAGCUAGAGUGGGACCCGGGAGUGCGGGGCAGUCUGCGACGUCCACACGGGCACUGGAACCCCUCCGCCGGAAACUACCAAGAAAUUGUGCCCGACAACAUGGGAACAUCUAGCAGCCAUGACAGUGACUCUCUAGCUGACGGGCAGCCAGUUUUGAACCAGUGGCAGCCAGUACAGGGACAGAAGAGAUCAACGCUCGACAAGUCCCGCAAAACGAAGAAACCACUGGUUGUGAAGAAGGAUUCCAAAGGAAGUUGCAAGCAGCAGUAGCAGAAGUACUGCCCUGUGAUAGACUGUUUUAAAUGUCGACCAGGCCUGGUGCUUAUGAAACGUUUAGAGUCUAGACUUAGGACUCUAGAGUCUGAGACAGUAAUGCCAUGACAACGCCAUACAAAUUGUAUGUGUGUGAUGUCAUUAGAGAUUG